CUUAGAAGCCUAGCCAAUAAAAUCAGCCGUUAUAUAAGGUCCCCCAAACCGCUUGCCAAAGAAAGAAGAAAGAAAUGGCGGCAAUAGCAACAGGAGUGAGUCUCAACCACAUUUCCAGAGAAUCCUCCGACAUUCGGCGUCUCGCCGAUUUCUACAAGGAGAUAUUUGGGCUCGAGGAGAUUGAGAGCCCAAACUUCGGGGAGUUCAAGGUGAUAUGGCUCAAGGCGCCUGGGAAUUUCGCUCUCCACCUGAUCGAAAGAAACCCUAGUUUUAACCUUCCGGAAGGACCAUGGAGCGCCACUUCACCGGUUGCUGACCCGAGCCACCUCCCCAGAGGCCACCACAUCUGCUUCAACGUCUCCAAUUUCCAGUCUUUUGCGAAAACCCUCAAGGAAAAGGGAAUCCAGACGUUUGAGAAGUCCUUACCUGAUGGUAAGGUCAAGCAAGUCUUCUUCUUUGAUCCAGAUGGCAAUGGAUUGGAGGUUGCAGGUCAAUGAACUGCACGGCAACACCAUAGGCUGCUCCGAAAGGUCAAUUAGAAUGAUAUGAAGCAAAUGAUCAGUAAAAUAUCGUACAUACAAUAAGUAGCAAUGAUCAGUUUCAUUUAUGCAGCUGUACCUCAAGUGUUAUUGUAUUUAUGAUCUUAAAUAUGUUGUAUACUUUUAUGCUUCACAUCAAUUGCUAUCGUAGCGUAUCACGUGUCA